UAAUUUAUUAAGUAUAUAAUAUAAAUAAAACAAAAUAUUAAAGUAAAAAGGGCUUUUGUAUAGGAAUCUGUAUCGGUAUUGGCAGUUUUGUAUCAGAAUCGGAUCAGAACUGAAGAAAUGUGGAUCCGCCUGUCCCUAAAGAGUAACAACACUGCAAUAAAUAAAAAUUAUGUACAGUAAUUAAUAAAUCAAAAAUGUGUGCAGUCAUUGAACAAUUAAUGGAGCAACCAAAAAAAUCAAUAUGUACCACUUAUAGGAUAUACUUCAGUUUAUGUGAUUUCUUUUACAGUUCUUUAAAUUUGUAAUUAAUAACCAGCAAUACACCUCGUUGGCAGAGGUCUGUACUCUAUUGAGUGCAUUUUCUAGUAACAGAGAAUAUUUAUGCAAAUGUACUGCAUGCGAUGAUUACCUUAGCUAAAUAGAUUACCUAUAAAGAAAAAGUCAAAUUAAACAGUAAAGCUAUCAUUGCCCUUAAUUUUGCUUCUCAGACUGAAGUGGUAAAAAGUUUGCUUGUCACAAAAUAAAUCACACUCGUUUGACUUGCAUUUGAGGGAUAAGCCUGUUACUCUUUAAAUUCUUCUAAUACAUCGGGAUGCCUGUCAGAUGCUUUGCCAGGUUCAGCAUGUUGUGCCCCUUUCUCUACCUUAAAGCAUCUUUUACACACAAGCUCUGCAGUGUCUGUGGGCUUGACUGUCGGCAAGGUUGAAUUCCACGACCACGAUUCAGGAGAGGGAUGGCAGAAAGGCCGGGCGAAGACAAACAUAGUGAUUCAGAGGAGAAGUGGAUUCCCUGCCUUCUGAGAAGGAGCCCGCGCCACAUGGCAAGUCGAGCAUCCAGGAGUUUCCAGCCUCCAUCCAGGCUGCAUGAUCAGAGCAGACCCACAGACCAGGGAACGAGGAAGACACCUUCCCACAAUAUAACCAGCUGCCGCAUGAACCCAGAACCUUACCAGCAGGGUGUCAGAGAGGUUAAAAAAGAGGAGAGGGAAUGCUUGAUAUCUGAGGGUGAAGGGACCACAAACAAGACCCCCAACAAGGAGUAUGUCAAACAAAUGAGGAUUGGAUCGGUCAAAACUACCCAGUGUUCCACAACUUCUGCUGGCCCCAGUGCUGCUCAGCUCAGUACAGACACACUCGGUACCCUGCAAGAAGGGAGUACAGACACUCUGACAGCUCAACGAGGUUCACAGCGUGAGAAGACUAUAAACAAAGGUUCUAAAAAACACCAACAGACUUGCACAGGGGGGACAUCCUAUCAAUGUUCUGAGUGUGGGAACACCUUCAGUCGAUUUGGACACCUAAAGAUACACCAACGGAUUCACACAGGGGAGAGGCCCUACCAGUGCUCCCAGUGUGGAAAGAGCUUCAGUCGUAUAGAAAUCCUGAAGACACACCAGCGGAUUCACACAGGGGAGAGGCCCUACCAAUGCUCCCAGUGUGAGAAGAGCUUCAAUCAUUCAGGAAACUUAAUAGCACACCAGCGGAUUCACACAGGGCAGAAGCCUUUCUAUUGCUCCCACUGUAAGGAGACUUUCAGUCAUUCAGGAACCCUAAAAGCACACCAGCGUAUUCACACAGGGGAGAAGUCCUACCAGUGCUCCCAGUGUGGGAGGAGCUUCAGUCGGUCAGGAACCCUAAAGAGGCACGAGUGGACUCACACAGGGGAAAGGCCCUACCAGUGCUCUCAGUGUGGGAAGAGCUUCAGUCGAUUAGAACACAUAGAGAGACACCAGCAGACUCACACAGUUGACACAGCAACCAAUCUGUAAGCAUAAACCUGCUCUGAACAUGUUUAAUCAAUGUAAAUAAGAUUAGGUCACAGAUAUAAACAGAGCUCUAACCACUCAGGAAACCCAUCUAAUCAUGCAGGGGGAACAGUGCACAUUUUCAUCAGAUAAGGAUGCAGUGGGGACAAAAUCUGGCUUUAAAAAUGUUAUUUAUAUUUCUCAGAUGAAUAAUACAUUUCAUCAUGGUCCUUAAACGCAUAUUUAAAUCACGUUUUUUUUAACAUUUCUGUCAACGAAAUUAACACUGGAGGCGAUAUCGGGUAUCACAAGCAGGUGUGAGGGCAAGGAAACAAAUGGUCACCCAGGGUGCCUUUCUGUGUGGAGUUUGCCUGUUCUCCCUGUGCAUGCGUGGGUUUGCUCUGGUUUCCUCCCACGGUCCAUAGACAUGCAGAUUAGGUCAACUGGCUACUCUAAAUUGCCUAUAGGUGUGGUUGUUGGCCCUCUGGUGGACUGGCGACCUGCCCAGGGUGGACCCUGCCUCCCACCCAAAGAUGCUGGGAUUGGCUCCAGCUUCCCCAGAUGGAUUAAGUAGUAGAGAUAUUGGAUGGAUUCAACACAGAGGGUUCAUUUUAUUUUUGGAUUUUUAUAAAAUGUUUGGUUCUUCUGAACAUCCUUUCAAAUUGAAAACUGCAUUGUUUUGGAUUUGUAGAGAGGUUUAUAAACUUAAUCAAAAUGCUGUACGUUGGAAUCGAUAAUUCAGUAGCUUUCAGAUAUGGCACUUUUUCAAGAUUUGAGAUUAAGAGGGGGUAUAUGUCAAGAAUGUUCACGGUUCACGGUUAUUAUUUAUAUGGCAGAAAUGUUACCUAUUUUCAUGGGCGUUGCCCAUUGCAUAUUCAUGUGGAGAAAUAAAUGUCAUUACAUAAGGAAGGAUGACGUGGUUAAAAACUAUGAAGAUGGGGGUGUGCGUGUAAUUAAUUUUGAUGAUAUGAAUGGUGUCUUGAAAUUGAAAUGGCUGAGAUGUUUUGUUGAAAAUAGACACUUUCUGGUUGUGUCCAACGUGAUUUUGCAGAAAAUGGGUGGAAGAAACAUUGUAAUAUAUUGUGACUUUGAUUGAGCUCUUUGAUUUCCAUCAGUAAGUCCUCUUUACUUUCCUGGGGCAGCGUGUGGCUCAGUGGGCUAAGCCUGUGUGCCUGUAAUUAGAAGGUCAUCGGUUCAAACCCAGCCUCCACGGGGGCAAUAAAGUAUCAAUUGUCAUUAAUAUACAAACAUAACAUCACAUAACACAUGUAGAAUAAUAGCUACUUAUUGUUCAGCAGGAAAUCUGUGUUUAGAUGGGAAUGGAGAUCCAAAAGGGUUUGGGCUGUUGCUCAUUUUAUUGAUAAUAAUGGAAAUGUGUUACAUUGUGAGGUCUUCUGUGAGAAAUUCCAUCUUUAGUGUUCUGUUAAGACCUACAAUAGAAUGGUAAAAGCCAAACCAAUCUCUCUGAGAUCAGUGGUUAAAGAAAAUAGUAGCAACCAAUUAUAAUUAAUGCACCUCUCGAAGUAUCAACCUAUCAUUGUGGGUUUUUUGAUAGAAUUGCUUUUCAGUGAAAUAACAAUCAGUCACCAGCAGGCUCUUUGAGGAAGCUUGGAAACAGUAUAUCACCUGCUAAUUUACCGGCUCAGUGUCACCACAAUUCGGUUGGGGACAGUCUGUUCGUUUCACUUUCUAUUUUGCCUAUUAAAGAAAUUUUACCUUA